UUUUUUUUUUUAUUCUCCCCUUUUUUUUUUAAUUAUUUAAUAUUAUGUGGGAUCCUGAAGUAGCUUCAAAUAUUACUGGAUAUUUAUCUAUAGUCUGUUGGCUUAUUGUAUUCAUACCUCAACUUUGGGAAAAUUAUGAACGGAAAAGUGGUGAUGGUUUAUCUAUGACUUUUUUAGUUAUUUGGCUUGCUGGUGACGUUUUCAAUCUAGUUGGUGUCAUUUUACAAGAUCUUUUACCCACUAUGUUUUUAUUAGCAUUAUGGUAUACAGUAGCAGAUAUGGGAUUGAUAUGGCAAGUGAUAUUUUAUCAAAGAUUAUCGACCGUGGUACCAGUGGAUGAAGAAGAAGUGUCAUUGAUCCGUGAUGCUGAAGUUGAUCACCAUCCAAGAUUGAUUCGAAGAUCAAGUGAAUCCAAACAUCGUACAAUGUCCUUUUGGUUCAAUACUCUUUCAGGUGCUGCCAUCGUGUUAGUGACAUUGGUCUCAUGUGCUUGGUAUGCAUCUAUUCAUGGUGGAUUAGUGAUGGGCCCAGUGGAUGGUAAUAUGCAUUCGAUGCGGUGGCUUCCUCAACUUUUAGGUUGGACAAGUGCUAUUCUUUAUGUGGGUAGUCGGAUCCCUCAAAUCAUCAAGAAUUAUCGACAAAAAAGUACUGAAGGUCUUAGUCUGGGUAUGUUCUUAUGUGCUGUCUUGGGAAAUGUUUUAUUCACUUUGUCCAUCUUUUUACGGUCUGUGGAUCGACAAUAUGUUUUGGUAAAUCUGGCUUGGAUCGUGGGUAGUUGUGGUACCUUGGUAUUUGAUUUCACGAUAUUUAUUCAAUUCUUCUUAUACAAAAGUGGACCAAACAAGAAAACCAAGAAAAAUCCUGUUUAUGUAGAAUAGAUACCCCCCGUCCAUAGUUUGAUGAUUUUUUUUUUCUUUUUGUAUAUAAUAAAGAAUAGAUUAUUCUUACACUUU